CUGGCGUUCCCAACAUGGCGGCUCCCCAAGAUGUCCACGUCCGGAUCUGUAAUCAAGAGAUUGUCAAAUUCGACCUGGAGGUGAAGGCGCUUAUCCAGGAUAUUCGGGAUUGUUCAGGACCAUUAAGCGCACUUACCGAACUGAACACUAAAGUGAAAGAGAAGUUUCAACAGUUACGGCACAGAAUACAGGAUCUUGAACAGUCAGCUAAGGAGCAAGAUAAAGAGUCUGAGAAGCAAGUUUUGCUCCAGGAAGUGGAGAAUCACAAAAAGCAGAUGCUCAGCAAUCAGACGUCAUGGAGGAAAGCUAAUCUCACUUGCAAAAUUGCAAUUGACAAUCUAGAGAAAGCAGAACUUCUCCAGGGAGGAGAUCUCUUAAGGCAAAGAAAAACCACCAAAGAGAGCCUGGCCCAGACAUCCAGCACCAUCACAGAGAACCUCAUGGGGAUAAGCAGGAUGAUGUCCCAGCAGCUCCAGCAGAGUGAAGAAGCCAUGCAGACUCUAGUCAAUUCUUCACGAACUAUCCUGGAUGCAAAUGAAGAGUUUAAGUCCAUGUCGGGGACCAUCCAGCUGGGACGGAAGCUCAUCACAAAGUAUAACCGCCGGGAGCUGACAGACAAGCUUCUCAUUUUCCUCGCUCUGGCCCUUUUUCUUGCUACAGUCCUCUAUAUUGUGAAAAAGCGGCUUUUUCCAUUUUUAUAAGAUCCGAGGGCUGCUAGGAUCUGUCCAUGCUCCUGAGCACUAGCCCAGGCUGCUACACUGAGCCACGCUGUUCUCCUCCCCAGUUUGCUCCAGUUGGUCAGCAGGUUGGAUGGAAACCCAGCACCCCAGUUUUCUGUAAGUGGCCAACAUGCAAAGGGUGAACAGAGCGUCGGGAGGAAGGCCUGUCUUCGGGACUCCUCCAGAGACAAAGGGACUCCAAGCUCCCAGAGCUAUCGAGUCCUUUAGGGGGCUGCUGUGUAUAGCAUUGAGAGUCCAGCUUGGGGAUCUAGCUCUUCCCCUCCACUACCUCUCCUACUUGACCUUAAAUGCCAGAUCUGGUGGCGGGAUGAGAGAAGGGGUGGGAAGGAUGAUGAAAACUCAUGUCCAUUCCUUGAAUAAACUUGACUCUAUUUAACAGAAUGAAAUGCAAU